UCUAUGUUAAAUGACGUCACGAAAAUGACAUGACAAGUUUCACAGCGGCUGUCAAAAAAGCAAACAAAUUUGUGAAAUUUGUAAAAUACGGUUUUCAAUUUGUUACUUCAACUUAAAAAAUCUCUGUAAUUUUUAAGUAUUAAAUCUUUACAAUGGCUAGAGAAAGCAGUGCCGGUUUUGACAGACAUAUCACUAUCUUUUCUCCUGAAGGAAGACUGUAUCAAGUUGAAUAUGCCCUGAAAGCUAUAAACCAAGGCGGGCUGACGUCGGUGGCGCUGCGCGGCGCGGACGCGGCGGUGGUGGCGGCUCAGCGCAAGGUGCCGGACCGGCUGCUGGACCCCACCUCCGUCACGCACCUGUUCCCUCUCACCAGCAGGAUUGGUUGUGUUAUGACAGGAAUGAUUGCCGACAGCAAGUCACAAGUGCAGCGAGCGCGAUACGAGGCGGCCAAUUGGCAGUACAAGUACGGCACAGAGAUCCCGGUGCACAUCCUGUGUCGGCGUAUUGCGGACAUCUCCCAGGUGUACACGCAGAAUGCUGAGAUGAGACCACUUGGAUGCACCAUGAUGUUGGUGGCGUAUGACGACGAGACCGGCGCCAGCGUGUACAAGACGGACCCGUCGGGGUACUACUGCUCCUACAAGGCCGUGGCCGCCGGCGCCAAGGCCACAGACGCCAACGCGUACCUGGAGAAGAAGCUGAAGAAGCGGUCGGAGCUGAGCGCGGACGAGGCGGUGCAGCUCGCCAUCUCGUGCCUGUCGCAGGUGCUCUCCGUGGACUUCAAGUCCUCGGAGAUCGAAGUGGGGCUCGUCACCAAGGAUAACCCCAAAUUCACGGUACUGACGGAGGGAGAAAUUGACAGACACUUGACCGCUAUUGCAGAGAAGGAUUGAAUGGCUUCACAUUAUGGUUCAUUAAAAUAUUGUAUUUUAUAAUAAACUUCUUUACAUAACAACAA